CAGGCGGAGGCAGCGGUACCUGCACUUUGAAGGAAUAAUAUUGCAUAUUUUACACCCAACUGGACAUACAGUGACUGGAGAACAGGAAGGGAGCCUUGAUGUGGGCAGUAUGAGUAAGACACCCCCUAACAGAAGAGGGAUAACAUUUGAGGUGGGAGCUCAGCUUGAGGCCAGAGACAGCCUCAAAAACUGGUAUGCUGCCAACAUAGAGAAGAUUGACUAUGAGGAUGAAAAAGUACUGAUCCAUUACAGACAGUGGAGCCACCGUUACGACGAGUGGUUUGAGUGGACAAGUCCUUACCUGAGGCCUGUGGAGAGGAUCCAGCUGAGGCGGCAAGGCCUGCAGCAGGACGACACUCCUGUACCUGGGUUUCAAGUGAAUGAUAGGGUUCUGGCCAGCUGGUCUGACUGCCGUUUCUAUCCCGCUAAGGUCAUUUCAGUCAAUAAAGAUGCAUCCUACACUGUGAAAUUCUAUGAUGGUGUCAUCCAGACAGUGAAGGAGAUACACGUGAAGCCUUUUAUUAAUGAGAAAGGAGGAAAGUCUCGGUCUUCUGAAAGGAACAUGGUUAGGAGACUCCCAAACCGCAGGGACAGGAGGCCCCAGGAGAAUGGUGGUCCCAAGAACAAACGGGCCAGACGCAGCACCUCCGACCAGGAGGAGGAGAGCAACAGUGAGGAUGAGGAGCGUGAAGAGCGCAUGGUGAACGAGAAGAACAAGAAAACGAAUGGUGAGGCGGAGGUUACACCAGCCAUUAAACAGGAAGAGGAAACAUCAGAACAAGUAGACCAGAACAAGCCCCAGGACACAGACAAGGGGACAGGACUCCUAAAUGGAGUGAAGGAGGAAGACAAUGAUGAUCAAAAGGAUGAGAAAUGUCAUGUUAACGGAGAGGUGAAAAAGGAGGAGGCGGAAACAGAACAGUGUGGAACAAAGCCAUAUACAGAGUCACCCAAGCCAUACACAGACAUGUCCAGUCAGACAGAGCAGGUGUCUGUCACUAUGACAACCACAGAAUCCAAUGGAGAUGUUGAGCAGAAGCCAAACAUCCAAUCGGAGAGCUCUGAGCCUGCAGCAGAUGUUCCUCCUCCUCAGCCUGUGAAACCGGUGAGGAAGCAGGGUUUCCACAACCCUAACAGAUUCAGCAGAGAACCAUUGUAUAGAGUCAUCAAAAACCAACCUCCUCCUGUCCUGUCCAUCAACCUCGACCAUAACCCGUUUAAGUGCAGCGCUCCUGGCUGCACGAAGUCAUUCCGUAAGGCCAAGCUGCUGCACUACCAUAUGAAAUAUUACCACGGCGAGGAGCAGCCUCCAGAGGGGGAGCGUAGCCCCACCAGGAGCGUCCAGACCAGGGCCUCUGAGAAACAGGCUACCACCACCAGUUUAGACACCCCAAAGAGAAGGCGCACUAUCUCUGCCUCAAUGCAUUCUGUUGGAGCUGGUGUGGCUCCCCGUGGUGAGGUGAAAACUGCAUGCAGACGCACAUCAGCCCCGCCUGCAGUCAACACCCAGGGCCAUCCGCAGAGAGCGCUGCUUCGGGAGAAGAGCAAGGAGAACCAACUGGACAGGAAUGGAUGCCAGCAGCAGGACUCAGAGAAGAGUGGUUUUGACAUUGGGUCAGUAAAAGACAGGCUGAAAGAGAAACCGAAACAGAAGGACUUCCUCCGCAUUAAACUAAAGAAGAGAAAGAAGAAAAAGAAGGCCAAGUCGGACUACACAGGUAGUGAGGAGAAUAUUGACAUCUCAGUAUUGGGUCUUCCGUCCAAAUUGAAUUUUCCACUCAAAACCCCCCCCUCACACAAUCACAAGCCUGAGGCCUACCCCAGCAGGCCCGGAUACGGCUACUCAGAGCAGAUACAUGUGGAUGAUGAGGAUAGCAUCAGUGAUUGGUCCACUGACAGCUGUGGGUGGAGCGACGAUGACUACGGAGUGGAUUUUGAUGUCACAACACCACCCCUGAGCGUGGACUCUGGCGCAGUGGACACCAACGAUCAAGAGAUAGUGAGGUGUAUCUGUGAAGUGGAGGAAGAGAAUGACUUCAUGAUCCAGUGUGAAGAUUGUUUGUGCUGGCAGCAUGGCACCUGUAUGGGCCUGCUGGAAGACAAUGUUCCAGACAGAUACACCUGCUACAUCUGUAGAGACCCACCAGGUCAGAGGCAGAGUCUGCGCUACUGGUAUGACCGUGAAUGGUUGAGCAAUGGUCACAUGUAUGGCCUUUCCUUCCUGGAAGAGAACUAUUCUCACCAAAAUGCUAAGAAGAUCACUACCACCCACCAGCUGCUGGGAGACGUGCAUCAUGUUGUCGAGAUCCUCAACGGACUGCAGCUGAAGAUGAGUGUCUUACAGAACAACAGCCACCCUGACCUGCAGCUAUGGCGUCAGCCCUGGAAGCAGGUAGAGAGGUCACUGACCAGCUCAGACUCGUGUCGCGGCAGUGACGCAGCUCCAUCUCCUGUGACUCCUGACGAGGACAUGAGAAGAGGCGAGAUUCUAAUGUCUAAUGCUCUGGAGAAGCUUAGCCGGGCCGCUACAGCUGCCACCUCGUCUUCGUCCUGCUCCUCCUAUCCCUUCCCAUCCUUCCAGGACUCAUACAUUACCAGUGAACACUGCUACCAGAAACCGCGAGCAUACUACCCAGCGGUGGAGCAGAGGCUGGUGGUGGAGACCCGACAGGGAUCCGAGCUGGAGGACAGCAUGAGAAGCACAGAGGAGCUACUGGAGCGGGAGCAGCGCUACGGGAGCCUGCUGGAGACAGACAAGCCUAAAUCCACAGGCACUAGUAACAAGACUUCGAUGGGUGGCUCCUGGUCCCAGGCUGAGAUCAGGGACGAAGUUGGGAGAGAUCCUGGAGAGGCCGCAGAUAACAGCAGGCAGCAUCAACAGUGGCAGAUCAACUUGCUGGAUCACAUAGAUGCUGUCCAGGAUGAUGUAUCACACAGGAUGGACUUCAUUGAGAGGGAGUUGGAUGUGCUGGAGAGCUGGCUUGACUACACAGGGGAACUGGAGCCUCCUGAACCUCUGGCCCGUCUGCCUCAGCUCAAACACCGCAUGAAGCGGCUGCUAACCCAGCUGGGCAAGGUGCAGCAAAUCGCCUUGUACAGCUCCACAUGAGGGCGCCAGAGAACACAGCAGCACACAGCAUGCAGAAACAGUGCAGCAGAGAAAGCUCGCUGCAAAGAUAACAAUAUUAAUGCAAGUGAAAGACUCUGAUUGUUGAGCACGUUCUCUCUGACCUGACUUCUGCUGCUGUUUCUCCUUUUUUUUAUAAAAGGUUCUGUGUGGAGGAAUCUGUUGCUACAGCCUGGCAGUGUCAUAUAUGAAUACUUAUAUGAACAUGUAUGGAAAGUCAGCAUCAUAAAUCAGGAUUAAACACAAAAAGUAACCUCGUAAAUGCAGGAGAAAAUCCUUAGGACCAGAUUAUACUUUUAUGGUUCCCAUGCAACUCUAAACCUUAUGAAUGCCUUUCGUCUGCGCUCCGGUUUAAGGUUACCCUGUCUCUCUCUCUCAGUACACAGUGCUUUACAUGCAGAAGCUUUAUAUUCAAAUUGCAGUUGAGUUCCUUAAUCUUCAUGGCCUCUUUGCAAUAGUUUUUUGAACAUGUUUUCCAUACGGUCACUGUUUUUUGCAUUAAAAAUGUUCCAUGUAGUUGAAUUCUGUUCACCUGUCGUGCCGCACAUACUGCGUUUCAACCCUCGCUGUGGACAGACAAUGACUUGAAGACACCCAGUAUGUAACAGCACUGUUCAAGCAGUCUCUGCAAUUAAUUUGUUCUAUUCUUUGACCUACUCAAGGGUUUAUUUUAUACUACACUGUGAAGUUAUUUUUGUCUGGAAUCAAAGGCAUCUUAUUUUCAGCUUCAGAGACAGUAAAAAGCAUGAUUUCUGUUUUGUCUUAAACUGUAAAGCUUCUUUCCUAACCGUUUUUUCAUCAGUGUACCAACUUUAUUGGUUAAUCUUUCUGUGUUUGUCAGUUACAGUAUCCCUUACUUCAAUUGACUCUUUGCAUUGUCGUCGCUAUAGCACUUGACCUAUGAUUCACUGAAAACUGUAUGUGGACUUGUCUCUCCUUAACCUUGCAUCGUGUGCUUUGUCAGUGACAAAUACUACUUAGAAGACCUGUAAAUUUCUUUUGUGUUCUUGAUUCUGUUUCACCUGUUUUAUUUGCAGUAUUUUUGGUUGUUUGUAAAUAUGUCAUACAAAAAUGUGCUCUUCUUUAUUGAAAACAUUCUCCAAAUACAGAUAUCGUAUGCUACUGUACUGUAAGUGUCUGGCUUAGAAGCAGGGAAAAUGUCAAAAACAAUGCAAACAGAUUUGCUGGUACAUAAAUAAACUAUCAUUGUUAUUAAUCAC